CGGGAGGUGACAAAAUUUUUUUUUUUGCCGUACCAGAAAUGCAUCUUGCAGAUUCGGAUACGGGUGGUAACAUGCGGGAAGCAGACGGAAGAAAUACUGGAGCAGCUAGAGGUUCAAGAAUGAUUUCUCCGGAACAAAAUUCCUCUUCAUCGACUUAUGAAUCGUCAGCUCCGGCCAUCAUCGGAACAACCACAGACUACUCGCCGAACCCAAAGCCACCGUUAGCACUCGAAAAGGAUACGAACAGCACAGCCAGCAGCUACAUUCCAGCAUUCACAGUUACUGUACUCGAGAAUUCCCAGCCCUCUCAGCUGACUUCGAUUUGCCCAUCUGUUGGCCCCGUAGAAUCAACCGUGACUGCAACCGUUCAUCAAGCUUCGCUACCAGCUGCGGCCAUCAUUAUUGGAAGGCAAGUUUCCGGUAGUUCUACCGAAGGCAACAUGCCAUACAGUGGCAACGGGGGAUCCGGUUUCCGUAGCUCCUUUAAUGGACGCGUUCCAUUCGCUCGUAUGCUUUCCAGCAACCCUAGCAGUGAUCGGCGCUCCGGGAAUGCCGGUGCUGAAAUCUAUCCUAUUUCGGCAUCUUCGUCGAUUGCCAGCUAGUGGAUCCAAAAUAAUCCAACUGAAGAAGAAGGUUUUGGUGCAGCUCGCGCUUCGGUGAUUUUAACUACCAUCACCAUCAUCAUCAAUUCCAGAAUCACCAGCCACGGUUCUCGAAUAAUCAUGGUUAUGAUGGUAAUUUUAUGGAGGUGAUGGAGGUUUAAGUUUGUUUACAUAUUAAAAUGAUAAAUUUAUUUUAAGAAAUACAAUGUUCCUACUCUUGCUAGCUUUUAUUUCGGAACCAAAAUUAAAGGUUCUGAGCCUAGUAAAAACCUAUAAAACUUCCGAAAUCUAACUUUUUUUAAUUGUAUACAUGAAAUAAAUCAUAUAAAAUAAACUUUUAA